AUGGCCCCGCACUUGCCAACAGACGACUGGUUCAACAAUCUAUCAGAAGGAGAAAGAAUGUCAUGGACAUUAGUAGAACGAGCAUUUUAUUCAGCGUUUCCUAAGUGGGACGUGAAAAUCGUACACAAGGACCCAUUUGACGUGUUCCAAAAAUUAAAACUAACAGAGAACGAGUUGGGGAAAAUAAUGACAAUGAAACAGGGAGCACAGAAGCAGUUGUAUGUCAAAUUCGCAGAAGAAGCCUUACUGUGGGGACAACAAAUACAGAUGCCCGACAAAGCAGGGGAAGUGUUUGUCAAGGAAUGCAUACCGAGCACAGUAGCGGCAUACUUAGACAAAGCAGUCACCAAGUCAGCAAGUUAUGUGGAAUAG